UUUUAUUCAAAUAUAAUUUAUGGAUUACACCUAACAUUUUGAAAGGGUAAAUUAUCUAAAUUAAAGGUAACGAUGGCAAUGGAAACGAUUUUGGGCAUUAAGGGAUCGGAUUUUGUGAUGUUGGCUUGCGAUACAAUGCAGGCCAAGUCUGUCAUAUUUAUGAAAGAUGAUCAAUCGAAAAUUCAUCGUCUGUCGGAAUUCUCAAUGUUGGCAGCAAUCGGUGAUGGUGGCGAUACCCUUCAGUUUACCGACUAUAUAGCUAAGCAUUUGCAACUAUAUAAGAUAAACCAUGGUUAUCAUUUGAGUCCACGUGCUGCAGCGCAUUUUACCCGCAAGAAUUUAGCAGAUUAUAUUCGCACAAAUACGAGAUAUCAGGUGUCAAUGUUAAUGGCUGGAUACGAUGAGGUUGAGGGACCCGAUCUCCAUUAUAUCGACUCCUUUGGAGCUGCUCAGUCAAUAAAUCAUGCUGGACAUGGCAUGGGCAGUUUAUUUUGUGGCAGCAUCUUUCAGCGAUAUUGGAGAGAGAACCUCAAACAGUCCGAGGCCUAUAAUAUACUCAAGAUGUGUAUUACCGAGGUGCAAAAGCGUUUGGUCAUCAAUUUGCGCAAUUUUGAUGUGUUUGUUGUGGAUAAAAAUGGAACACGUCAAUUGCAGUCCAUAAAUCCAGCUUCUUACGAUGCCGAAGCUUUAAUUAUAUCACUCUCAUCUGCUGUUAAAACAACGUAAAAAACAUUCAUUGAAAAUUCAU